AUGGGAGGUCCGGUUGUCACUCACACUUUCAAUCAAAAAAGACUUGAUAGGAGAUGUGUGAGGUGGAUUAUAAUAGCGGAGAUGCCUUUUAGGGUGGUUGAUCAAGAAGACUUUCGAGAUUUUAUUCGUGACUUGAAUCCAAAGUACAAACUUCCUAAUAGGCAUAAGGUAGCGGCGGCGGUUUUGGAGUUGUAUGUUGAAGAGAAGGCAAAAAUAAAAAGUGUGAUUGAGGGGUUGAGAGGUGAUGAUAUUGGAAGAUGUCUAGAGGUUUGCUUGAAUGAUUGGGGCAUAGACAAGGUGUUUAGCAUUACUGUUGACAAUGCUAGUGCAAAUGACACCGCUAUUGCAUACAUGAAAAGAAGACUCAAGUCAAAUGUUAAGGAUGGAAUGACGAAGCUUAGUAGGGAGAUUGAUGCCAUAAGAAAUUGUGUGAAGUUUAUACACUCAUCCCCGGCAAGGUUAGAGUCUUUUAGGGAAUAUUGUGUCUUGUUGAGAUUUGAUAGGAUGUCAAGUAUCCCUUUUGAUGUUGUCACAAGGUGGAAUGCCACUUAUCAAAUGCUUAAUAGUGCUUUCAAGUUUAAAGAAGUGUUCUCUAAGAUGGCCUUUGAGUGUGACUCUUUCAUUGCUUACUUUAAAGAGGAGGUCUCGAAAGAGGUUGAUGGGGUGACAAGAAAGGCCAAGCGGGUGGGUCCUCCGGAGGUGGAUGAUUGGGAAAGGUCGGUGAGUUUUGCUCACUUUCUCAAAAAAAUUUAUGAUGCCACCUUGACAUUGAGUGCAACCCUUACUCCAACGUCACACUUAAUACUUAGCACGGUGAUUGCCUUGCAAGUGGAGAUAGAAGAACAAAUUUCAAACGCCUCUAAUGCCACUUUGCAAAGUGUGGCUACCUCAAUAAAGCUCAAGUUUGACAAAUAUUUGGGUGACAUUGAAAAGGUGAAUCCUAUUCUCUUUGUGGCCCAAUCACUCGACCCGAGGUACAAAUUUGAUAUGUUGGAGACAAAUCUAGAAGAGCUCGGCUAUGGAUGUGACAAAAUAAGGUAG